AUGAUUCCUCGUGAACGCUCGCCUCCUUGGCCUCGAAACCGCUUCGUCAUCGACAGUACUUCCAAGACACUGGCUCUCGGAAAGAGGCGGCUUUUGUCGCAGGGACCAGUGCGAUCGUCGGCGAAUUCGAGUGUAGCAGUUUUCCCGAUCCAGUUUGAUUCGAGUCGCUACCGGCCGGUGGUCGCGGUCUCGACUCGAGUUUCUUAG